UCUAACCACCAUACCCAUGACUGCGCCAGUCGCCUCCUUGUCUUCCUUCGCAGUGCUUUUCACACCUGUGGCUCCCACAUUCCCCCUCCCCACCACCACCCCAAUACAACACCACCACCAGCUUUCCUACUCCUGCAACGCACCGUCAACAAACCUCCUCCGCCUCCCUUCUCUCUAAAAUCGUUCACAUUGUCUCUCUCUCUCCCCCCCAAGAGAAUCCACUUCUUUUUUUUUUUUUUUUUUUCCGGUUUUAUUUUAUCCAUUUCUCAAAAUGCCCUUCUCGUCCUCAAUGGCAGUUUAGCCUUCUCUCUCUCUCUCUCUCUCACCUUUUUAAUUUUUAUUUUAUUUAUUUUAUUUUUAUUUUUUUCUUAUCUUCUUCUUCUUCAGCCGUUUUCGUUUUUCACUUCGUUUCUCUGUAUUUUGUUUUUUUUUGACACUCCAAAAAUGGCGAGCAAGCUUUUCGUCUUCUUUCUCGUUUCUGCUCUACUUCUUGUCAUGGAUUCAUCCUUUGCUCAGAUGCCAGGGUUUGUGAGUUUGGAUUGUGGAGGUAAAGAAGGCUUCAGAGAUGAACUUGGACUCGAAUGGAGUCCUGACAAUCUUAAGUAUGGAGAAACAACGAAUAUAUCAGUCGAAAACGAGUCCCGAACACAAUAUAUGUCGCUGAGGCACUUUCCUGCAGAUUCAAGAAAGUAUUGUUACACGCUUAAUGUCUCAAGUAGGACUAGGUACCUUAUCAGAGCAACAUUCUUGUAUGGUAACUUUGACAACAAUAAUGUUUAUCCAAAAUUUGACAUUUCUAUUGGGGCAACCCAUUGGUCCACCAUCGUUAUCUCGGAUGCUAAUACUAUUGAGAUGAGAGAGCUAAUUUUUCUAGCUUCAAGUCCUACUGUCAGUGUGUGUUUAUCCAAUGCUACAACAGGGCAGCCUUUUAUAUCCACCCUUGAGCUUCGGCAAUUCAAUGGUUCAAUGUACUAUACAGAAUUUGAAGCCCAGUUCUACCUUAGUAUCUCGGCAAGGAUAAACUUUGGUGCUGAUAGUGAAGCUCCAAUUAGGUAUCCUGAUGACCCUUUUGAUAGGAUAUGGGAGUCAGACUCUCUGAAGAAAGCAAAUUACCUUGUUGAUGUUGCUACUGGAACUAAAAAAGUGUCAACCAAACUGCCAAUUGAUGUUAACAGGGAUGACAGACCACCUGUAAAGGUUAUGCAGACAGCUGUGGUAGGAACAAAUGGAUCAUUAACUUACCGGUUGAACUUGGAUGGCUUUCCUGGUCCUGGAUGGGCAUUCACCUACUUCGCAGAAAUUGAAGAUCUUGCUCCAGAUGAAUCCAGAAAGUUUAGAUUGGUGCUUCCGGGCAAUCCUGAAAUCAGCAAGGCUAUAGUUAACAUUGAAGAAAAUGCUCAAGGAAAAUAUCGUCUCUAUGAGCCAGGAUUUACCAAUCUUUCCCUUCCUUUUGUAUUAUCUUUUAGGUUUGGGAAGACAUCUGAUUCUUCCAGAGGGCCUCUCUUGAAUGCAAUGGAGAUAAAUAAGUAUUUGGAGAAAAAUGUCGGGUCUAUAGAUGGGGACAUUAUUGCUAAUGUAGUUUCAGGCUACUUAUCAGCAGACUGGGCCCAAGAAGGUGGUGAUCCUUGCCUGCCAGUGCCGUGGUCUUGGGUUCAAUGUAACUCAGAUCCACAACCAAGGGUAGUUUCAAUUUUUUUGUCUAAAAAGAAUUUGACUGGGAAUAUCCCUUCAGACUUGAUAAUGUUGAGUGGACUAGUGGAAUUAUGGCUUGAUGGGAAUUCACUGACUGGUCCAAUACCUGAUUUCAGUGGAUGUGUGGACUUGAGAAUUAUUCAUCUUGAAAACAAUCAAUUGACGGGUCCACUGCCUUCCUCCCUGUUGAACCUGCCAAAUUUAAAGGAACUGCAUGUGCAAAACAAUUUGCUUUCUGGAACAGUGCCGAGGGGUCUUCUCAAUAGAAACUUAGUUCUGGACUAUUCUGGAAACAUUAAUCUUCAUAAAGGGAGUGCAAGUGGGAGCCGCGUUAAUAUUGUUGUUGGUUCAUCAGUUGGUGCUGCUGGUCUGCUUAUAGCUACUAUUGUGUCUUUCAUUUUUAUUCGCAAAGUGAAGAAAAGACAUCCUGAAAGAGAUCAGCCUAGACAUACCCUACCCGUUCAAAUGCUUGUAUCCUCCAAGAGCAAUGCUCCCGCAGAAGCUGCACAUUGCUUUACCUUUUCUGAAAUUGAAGAUGCUACAAAAAAGUUUGAAAAGAAAAUUGGUUCUGGAGGUUUUGGAGUUGUGUAUUAUGGGAAGAUGAAAGAUGGUAAAGAAAUUGCAGUGAAAGCUCUAACCAGUAAUUCCUACCAGGGAAAGCGAGAGUUUUCGAAUGAGGUAACUCUUCUUUCAAGGAUACAUCACAGGAAUCUGGUACAGUUUCAUGGAUAUUGCCAAGAUGAUGGGAGAAGCAUGCUUGUUUAUGAGUUCAUGCAUAAUGGAACUCUCAAGGAACAUCUUUAUGGUCCAUUAACACGUGGACAAAGUAUCAACUGGCUCAAGCGUCUUGAGAUUGCUGAAGAUGCUGCUAAAGGGAUUGAGUAUCUUCACACAGGCUGUGUUCCAGCCAUUAUUCAUAGAGACUUGAAAAGCAGUAAUAUUCUUCUUGACAAAGACAUGAAAGCAAAGGUUUCAGAUUUUGGUCUCUCUAAACUUGCCGUAGAUGGAGCCUCCCAUGUGUCAAGCAUAGUUCGUGGCACAGUAGGCUAUCUAGAUCCUGAGUACUAUAUCUCUCAACAGUUGACCGAUAAGAGCGAUGUGUAUAGUUUUGGUGUCAUUCUUCUCGAGCUGAUAUCUGGUCAAGAAGCAAUAUCUAAUGAAAAUUUUGGUGUUAAUUGCCGUAAUAUUGUCCAGUGGGCAAAACUACACAUUGAGAGUGGUGACAUUCAAGGAAUUAUUGAUCCCUCUCUAGGCAAUGAAUUCGACAUCCAAUCAAUGUGGAAGAUAGCCGAGAAAGCUUUAAUGUGUGUUCAACCGCAUGGAUAUAUGAGACCAUCAAUUUCAGAAGUUCUCAAGGAAAUCCAAGAUGCCAUAUCAAUGGAAAGAGAAGCUGCAAUGGUAAGAGAUAGUAACUCUGAUAAUACAUCGAGGAAUUCUGCUCAUUCGUCACUGAUGUUAGGUUCUCUUGAUAUGGGUGGAAAUGACAAUUUCUUGUCACUUGACGAUACUAUCGCACAGCCAAGCGCUCGGUAGUUAUUUUGGUUGGUGUAUCAAGUACAUAAUUUUUUAUUUUCCGUUUCUUUUCUGGUUGUGUUCUUUCUUUUAUCCUGGAUUUGCAUUUAAAGAAAACCCUCUUAAGCCAUUCUGCCAUGUGUAGGUUUGGGAACCACCUUCUAACACCCAACCAAAAGAAAGAGGAGAAAAAUAUGUGUAUUAUUUUAUGAAGUUGUAAAUUUUUGUUGACAAGUUUUUUCCAUAAUUGAUGCUGUAAUAGCUGUAUUUAUUUUUUGAGUGAUUA